UUGUGGGUAUAAACGGUGCAGUAGGUCUGAUGUUACAAUAAAUGUGAGUCUAUAUUUUCUUGGAAGUGCAGAAAAAAUGAUCUUGGACCAUGAUUGUAGAUAAGGUCAUCAAAGAAAGCUUUUGUAUCCCAAUAAGAUAAUAAUUUGGGUGGUCAAGGUGCAGAAGCACACAACAUGGCAAUGCACAGGCUAAUGUCUAGAGUCAGCAGUAUCUAUGUCUUGGUAAAAUAUCUCACAGCAUACAGUAACAGAAAGGAUUUCUUUACGUUUGCUCCCAUAGUGGCCUUGCUCAUAGGAAUACAUUUUCAAGUAAUUUAUGAUAUAAUCUCGUAAUCUUCCCAGUUGAUAAAAUGCAAAAUACUUCAGAGUUUUGACUCUCUAAUGCUAUCUCCAUCCUAACAGACAACUGUGGUUGAAUUGUUCCAAAAGGAAUUGUAAAGAACAACUCACACGAAACACUACAGUUUCGUCCACUAGAUGGUGACUACGGACCAAAGAAAAUCCAGAGUACCUCACAGAAAACUGCUUCCCCAGAAUUCAUGGUUACUGCGCACGUUGUAAAUCUGUGAAAAUCGUGGGCGCACCUUUCGCGUCCUUCCCACCACCAAGUCGGCUUCACGUUGGUCGACACACACUCGAGCCACAAGGGGCGCUGCAAGCCCCUGAAUUAAGAGAUGCCCUGUUCAUUCAUUAGUGGAAUUUUGUCCCUCUUCGCUUCCCGUAGUCACUCACUGAAAAAGUUUGUGUGUGUUGGUGAAGACCAACCCGCUGAAUGAAAAUGCUCUACUUCAAGAGAUGACACACGUCUUUCGUUAGCGGAUUAGGCAUUAACAUGGUGUCCACUCAGACCGGCAGGGACACACUGGAGAGGAAUGUGCCUUUAAUACGCCUGGAGAAUGAUGCUGACCUGAGGGAAAUCUAUGAAUUUGGAAGGAAAUUGGGUCAAGGUAGCUUUGGAGUUGUUUAUGAAGCUACCCAUAUUGAGACACAGACUAAAUGGGCUAUUAAGGAGGUUUCCAGACCAGCGGCAGGAAGUUCGAAAGCCAAGAUGCUGGAGCAGGAAAUAAACAUUCUCAAACAAAUGAAUCAUGCUCAUAUAAUACAUCUCCAGGAAGUGUACCACACGGCUAAGAUGACUUAUUUGGUUGUUGACCUCUGCGUUGGAGGGGAUCUGAAGCAGCUGUUGCAGCGGAAGAAGUUCCUUACAGAGGACGAGACCAGGCUUGUCAUCUGCAGCUUAGCCGACGCUGUUGGCUACCUUCACAAAAGUGACAUAGUGCAUCGGGACUUGAAACUUGAGAACAUUCUUGUGAAGAAUGAGCUUGAUAAGGAUGAUAAUGGCAGAAUGAAUAUCAAGGUGACAGACUUUGGAUUAUCGGUGAAGACAGGUGGUGUAGGGAUUGAAAACAUAAUGACGGAGGCCUGUGGGACUCUUAUCUAUAUGGCACCCGAAGUGAUGAGUGGUCGUUGUUACACCCACUGGUGUGAUGUGUGGAGCAUAGGAGUCGUUAUGUACAUUUUGCUGUGUGGGGUGCCUCCGUUUGUGAGCAAAACAAAAGAAGACCUACUUAAGAAGAUUAUGAGCAAAGAAGUCCAAUUUACUCAGCCCAUCUGGGCCACAGUCAGUGAUGCAGCAAAAAAUAUAUUGACUUGCCUUCUGAAGGCGGACCCUGCCUACCGCAUGUCCGCUGAUCAGCUAUUCGAAAACCCCUGGAUUACAGGUGACACUAAUGUGCCUGCUAUGCCGUCCAAUGCACUGGAGAUGAUGCGCAACCACCAGGAACAGAAAGAGAUAGCAACACAGACUCUGGAGGACUUGUCCCUCACCUCUUCUGAGGGCACACUGGACCCAUCCUCGCUCCCCAGGGGUGCUUCAACAGAAACAGACGGCAAAUGCUGGAGCCACGCUGAGGAAGACAGCAGCUUCUGCACACCCUCCACAUCCACCAAACCGUCUCAUGCUGGGGUAAAACCCACCACACAGCUGAGUGCAAAGCAGCACAGGCCUCAGGACAGGAAGGGACAGAAACCAGCCUCUGAACUCAGUAAGGUGGCCAACCAGAGACCUUCUACCUCCACUAAAAGUAGGACUGCCUCCCGCAAACUCUAAGACCAAUACCCCUUCAGGUAUUGGACAGUGAGAGAGAACGAGAGAGAGAGAGAACACUAGUGAGAAAACAAAGUGUGCACACAAGUUUUUCCCUUUUGUAUGUUCACCUUCUUUUGCUUGGACAAAGGAAGUGAACGUACAAGAGAAAAAACUGGACUUCAAUGGGAACUUGAUAUACACUUUAUUUAAUAUAAUUCAGCUUAUUUAAUGUACUUCUGUGAUUUAGCAGUGAUGUGAAUGAAACUGCCGUGAUUAGUGCAACCUUUUUGGGGGUGACCAGAGACUAAGCAGUGACAGCAGUGUCAAAAUGGGCCUCGUAUGCAGGUGUGAAAAUAGUACAAGAAGUCCAAGACCAAUGCAGCUGAGGGUCCAGCCUCAGCAGGGCCUUGUGCCAAAGAGAAGGGCCCAGGUCUGAGGUGUUACCCAGAUUGGGCCAAACUGCUGGACAAAUGCUUACUGUUGCACAGCCAACUAACUGUAUGUCAUCCAGUCCAAAUACAGACUCAUCAUUGUUUUGUAGUGGCCGGCAUUCAGAUUGAGUGAGUUUGUCAUGACUUGUAGAAUCUGAUUGAAGGCCUUUAUUAUAAAGCAGCGUCCUAGAGUUAGUCAAGUAAAGAGUUACCCGGGAGAUUUGAGCACAGCACAGCUAAUUCCUUAUCAAAGCCAGUUAUUUAGUAGUUAUUUGACUUACUACCUCGCAGCACAUCUAGUCAUUCAGCAUGAUAUCUCUUUAUUAUAUACACUGUUAAUGUUUGUCUUUUCCAUAUAGAAAUGAUAAAAUCUCUUAUUUUGAAAGGGAAUGUUCAUUUAUUACACUGGGAAAAACAAACUAUUAGCUAGAGGUGCGGCAUUUAAUAAUCUGGUCUAAUAUUUUCAACAUCUAAACAGACAUUUUUGUAAAAAGAAAAUGGACAAAUUGAUUCCCACAAAAUUUGCAUUUGUCAGAAAUGUGUGAUUACAUCACUUUAUGUAUGUGUGUGUGUGUGUGUGUGUGUGUGUGUGUGUGUGUGUAUAUAUAUAUAUA